GUCGCCCGCCCUGGAGCAGCGCGGGGAGCCCCCGGAAAACGGGGAGCCCCCGGGACACGGGGAGCCCCCGGAAAACGGGGAGCCCCCGGGACGUGGGGAGCCCCCGGGACGCGGCUCCUCCGGCCUCCGCCGCACCGCAGCUCCUAAGCGGGCGCCUAAGCGCAAGACCGGCCGCGUCCCGGAGCCCGAUGGCAAGCGGCCGCGGGGAGAGGCCGGGGAGCGGAGGCCGGGGGGCCUCGGCGCCCUGGGGCCCCUGACGCCGGCCGGGCGCCAACGGGGUGGCCUGGGGACCCCGGAGGAGGAGGAGGAGGAUCGGAGGCCGGAGGAAGAGACGGAUCGGAGGCUGGAGGAGGAGGAUCGGAGGCCGGAGGAGGAGGAGGAUCGGAGGCCGGCGGAGGAGGAGGAUCGGAGGCCGGAGGAAGAGACGGAUCGGAGGCUGGAGGAGGAGGAUCGGAGGCCGGAGGAGGAGGAGGAUCGGAGGCCGAAGGAGGAGGAGGAUCGGAGGCCGGAGGAGGAGGCGGCUCGGAGGCCGAAGGAGGCUCAGGAACCGGAGGAAGAGACGGAUCGGAGGCCGGCGGAGGAGGAGGACCGGAGGCCGGCGGAGGCCUCGGCGCGGCCGCGGCCCAGCAAAGCCCUCGCCGACUUCUUUGCGCCCAGGAAAGGCUCCGGCGCGAAGGCGGCGCCGAAGGCCGCGGCCUCCGAGGCUUCGGCCUCCGCUGAAGGCACCCACGGCCCCUCGGAUCCCGCCCGGCCUCCGGAUCCCGCCCGGCCUCCGGAUUCAUCCCAGCCUCCGGAUCCGGCCCAGUACGACCCGUCCAAGAGCGGCUACCACCCGGUCCGCGACGCCUGCUGGGCGCCCGGGCAGAGGGUGCCCUACCUGGCCGUGGCGCGCACCUUGGAGCGCAUCGAGGAGGUCUCUGCGCGGCUGAGGAACAUCGAGACCCUGAGCAACUUCCUGCGCUCGGUCAUCGCGCUGUCCCCGCGCGACCUCCUGGCCUGCCUCUACCUCUGCCUCAACCGCCUGGGCCCGGCCUGCGAGGGGCUGGAGCUGGGCGUCGGCGAGAGCCUCCUCGCCAAGGCCGUGGCGCAGGCCACGGGCCGCCAGCUGGAGCAGGUCAAGAGCGAGGCCCAGGAGAAGGGAGACCUGGGCCUGGUGGCCGAGAGCAGCCGCGGCCGCCAGCGCACCGUGGUGGCCCCAGCGCCGCUCAGCGCGCCCGGCGUGCUGGCCAAGCUGCAGGACGUGGCCCGCAUGGCGGGCGCCGCGUCGACGCACAAGAAGAUCGAGGUCAUCAAGGGGCUCUUCGUGGCCUGCCGCCACUCGGAGGCUCGCUACGUCGCCCGCUCGCUGGGCGGGAAGCUCCGCGUCGGGCUGGCCGAGCAGUCGCUGCUGGUGGCCUUGGCCCACGCCGCCUCGCUGACGCCGCCCGCGCAAGGGUGGCCGCCGGCCGUGGUGGACGCCGGCCAGGGCAAGUCGGCCGAGGCGCGGAAGGCCUGGCUGGAGGAGCGGAGCCAGAUCCUCAAGCAGACGUUCUGCGAGUUGCCCAACUACGACCUCCUGGUCCCCGCGCUGCUGGAGCACGGCCUGGAGAACCUGCCCCGGCACUGCCGCAUCACGCCAGGGAUCCCGCUCAAGCCCAUGCUGGCCCAGCCCGCCAAGGGCGUCGCGGAGGUCCUCAAGCGCCUCGAGGAGGCCGCCUUCACCUGCGAGUACAAGUACGACGGCGAGCGCACCCAGAUCCACGUGCUGGAGAGCGGCGCCGUCUACGUCUACAGCCGCAACCAGGAGAACACCACGUCCAAGUACCCCGACCUCGUCGCCCGCAUCCCCAAGGUGAAGAAGGAGCACGUGCGCUCGUGCAUCCUCGACGCGGAGGCCGUCGCGUGGGACGCGGAGAAGAAGCAGAUCCAGCCCUUCCAGGUGCUGAUGACGAGGAAGAGGAAGGACGUGGAGGCCGCCGCCAUCAAGGUGCAGGUGUGCCUCUACGCCUUCGACAUGCUCUACCUCAACGGGGAGUCGCUGGUCAAGGAGCCCCUGUCCAAGCGGCGGCGGCUGCUGCGCGAGGCCUUCGUGGAGGCCGAGGGCGAGUUCCUCUUCGCCGCCUCCGUGGACGCCGGCGGCGCCGAGGAGCUCUCCGAGUUCUUGGAGCGCUCCAUCAAGGACUCCUGCGAGGGCCUCAUGGUGAAGACGCUGGACGUGGAGGCCACCUAUGAGAUCGCCAAGCGCUCGCACAAGUGGCUGAAGCUCAAGAAGGACUACCUGGAAGGGCUGGGCGACACGCUCGACCUGGUGGUCAUCGGCGCCUACCUGGGCAAGGGCAAGCGCGUGGGCGUCUAUGGGGGCUUCCUGCUGGCCUGCUACGACGAGGAGAGCGAGGAGUACCAGAGCAUCUGCAAGAUCGGGACCGGCUUCACCGAGGAGAACCUGGAGCAGCACUACGGCCUCCUCAAGGACCACGUCCUGCCCCGGCCGCGGCCCUACUACCGCUGGGACAGCGGCGCCGCCCCCGACCGCUGGCUGGAGGCCGUGCAGGUCUGGGAGGUCAAGUGCGGCGACCUCUCCAUCUCGCCCGUCUACAAGGCCGCCGUGGGGCUGGUGGACGAGGAGAAGGGCAUCUCCCUGCGCUUCCCCCGCUUCGUCCGCGUGCGGGAGGACAAGAGGCCCGAGGAGGCCACGAGCAGCUCCCAGGUGGCCGAGCUCUACAGGAGGCAGCAGCAGAUCCAGAACCAGCAGCUGCCCGAGCAAGGGGAGGACGGGGGGUUCUGCUGAGCGCGGCCUCGGCCUCCGCGCGGGGCCUCCAAACACGACCCCCCCGCGCCCCCACCCUGCGCCCUCCCGAG